GAUACCGACGGCACCGACCUGGUCGCGCCCGCUGUGGCCGGGGACGCCUGGCCCUGGUCGCUGUGCCAGUGGGCGAGCAGCCGGGACGACAGCGAGAGCCAGAGAGCCCAGAAGAGGAGGCUGAUCAAAGACGAGAUCAAGCAGAUCAUCGAGAUGCGAGACGAGCGGCAGCACCAGCUCGACGAGGUCAACAAGCUGAUGGAGGACAAGCGGAACAGGAUCUACGCGCAG